AUGGCGUCUCCCACCUUAUUCGGAAGCUGCCCAACGGUUCUUCACAGAAGCGCUCAUGCCAAGUCCUUCAUUCGAUGCAACAACUCUUCGGAGUCAAUCAAGUGCAAGGACAACGGGAAACCCAUGACUGUUGGCCGUGAUUAUAACAGACACGCGGCGGCGGUAUCUUUCCCAACCGUCCUGACGGCCCCCACCCAUUUCUUAGAUGGAACUCCAGUUCUGAAAAGUGAUACGCGGCUUCGCAUUUUCUCCGGCACUGCCAAUCCUUCUCUAUCUCAGGAAAUUGCUUGCUAUAUGGGUCUGGAGCUUGGAAAGAUUAAGAUCAAACGUUUUGCUGAUGGAGAAAUUUAUGUUCAGUUACAAGAGAGUGUUCGAGGAUGUGAUGUGUAUCUUGUGCAACCUACAUGUCCUCCAGCAAAUGAGAAUCUUAUGGAGCUUUUGAUAAUGAUUGACGCUUGCCGUCGGGCAUCAGCUAAAAAUAUCACUGCUGUUAUUCCUUAUUUUGGAUAUGCCCGGGCUGAUCGAAAGACUCAAGGGCGUGAAUCGAUUGCUGCCAAACUCGUGGCAAAUUUGAUUACUGAAGCCGGAGCUGAUAGGGUUCUAGCGUGUGACCUUCAUUCUGGACAAUCCAUGGGAUAUUUUGACAUUCCGGUGGACCAUGUGCAUGGCCAGCCCGUCAUACUUGAUUAUCUAGCCAGCAAGACAAUCAGAACAGAUGAUUUGGUCGUGGUCUCACCUGAUGUUGGUGGGGUUGCUAGAGCAAGAGCUUUUGCCAAAAAGUUAUCUGAUGCUCCUCUGGCCAUUGUGGAUAAAAGGCGUCAAGGACACAAUGUUGCUGAGGUGAUGAAUUUGAUUGGUGAUGUUCGGGGAAAAGUGGCCGUGAUGGUGGAUGACAUGAUUGAUACUGCAGGAACCAUUGCAAAAGGAGCUGCUCUAUUACAUCAAGAAGGAGCUAGGGAGGUUUAUGCUUGCAGCACUCAUGCUGUUUUCAGUCCUCCUGCAGUAGAGAGACUGUCAAGCGGACUAUUUCAAGAGGUAAUCAUAACAAACACCAUUCCAGUGGCAGAGCAGAACUAUUUUCCACAACUUACAAUCUUAUCUGUGGCAAACCUGUUGGGUGAAACUAUAUGGCGUGUUCAUGAUGAUUGUGCUGGUGGAUUUGAACCAUAUUCAAGCUUGGAAGGAAAGCAAGAAGAUAAAUCUCUGAAUCUCUUCUUUUUCUCUCAUCACCAUCAACAACUCUCACUUCUCCAUCUCUCUCUCGUUUCCACCGGAGAAACUCGCCAUAUCGUCGGUAUUCCUGCUGCCACCACGCGCGCGACGUCCACCGACAACGCUGCAAGUUCGACCACCGUCGUGCACCAGAAUCUCCCCCGCUGCCGGCUACACCGCGAGGCUCACUUCCGCCAUGUUAGUCCCCGCGAACACCAUGGCAGACCCGUCGUGAACCACCAGCGGAGAACGCCGUCCUGCCAUCCUCGUGAACCCGGAGCGCAGCCUCUCUCUUCAACCACCCUCGGUCAACAGUAA